UUGCUAGGUAGAUUAUGUUAAUAUAUGCAAUGCGGCCAUCUCUGCAGCUACCAUUCUGAAGGCGUCCCUGGUUGUCUCAAGAGAGGGAAUCAGAAUUGAACUGAUCGGUGACGCUGCCGGCUGCAGGCUUGGCACCGUGCUGCCAUGGAGACCAAGCAGGAACCGUCCGCUGUGUGGAGUCAGACUGUUAACAGUGAUUCAGGCAACCCCACACAGGUGCAUUUUGAAGGCGGCACCGUGGCCCAGAUCGUGUACAGUGGAGAUCAGACGGACAGAGGACAGCAGCAGGUGGUUUAUACGGCAGACGGGAACUCCUAUACCUCAGUAGAGUCUGCAGAGCACACACUGGUCUACAUACACCCUGCAGAUGGCACUCAGACCGUGUUUGCUGAUCAGCCGCAGGUGGCUUAUAUUCAGCAGGAUGGCACGACUCAGCAGGUGACAGUUCUGCUGCCGAGUGGGCAGAACAUGAACGCUGCCAAUCUGCAUGUUCUCAGUAAUGUAGCAGAAGCUCCACAAGCGAUCCUGGAGCCAGUUUCCCAGGAGCAGCUGUCUGUGUCCACCUCGCUCACAUCCAUGGCCGACAUCGGGGACACUCCCACCAGUCCCCUCGGAGCCACAGACUCCACAGAUGACUUCGAUGAAGACGAGGACGAAGACUCUGAGAUGGACGACUGGGAGCCGAGUCAGCCUCAGUCAUUCAACCCUCACAGCCUCUGGUGCGAGGAGUGUAACAGCGCCAACCCCACGGACUGUGCGAAGCACGGCCCUCUGCACCCCAUCCCCAACCGGCCGGUGAUGUCCAAGGCCAGGGCCAGUCUGCCUCUGGUCCUCUACAUCGACCGGUUCCUGGGCGGAGUGUUCUCCAAGAGACGCAUCCCGAAGCGCACACAGUUUGGCCCAGUGGAGGGGCCCCUGGUCCCACAGAGCGAACUCCAGGACCACUACAUUCACUUAAAAUUGUGCAUGUUGGAUGGGGAGAAGGAUGCGGAGAAGUCUGAUGACAUGUGGUUGGACCUUUCCGAUGAGGACAGCUGUAACUGGAUGAUGUUUGUGAGACCGGCUCAGAAUCACCUGGAGCAGAACUUGGUGGCUUAUCAGUACGGCUCUGAAAUAUUUUACACAACUAUCAAGAACAUCCAACCCAAGCAAGAGCUUAAGGUGUGGUAUGCAGCAUCGUAUGCAGAGUUUGUAAAUCAAAAGAUCCACGAUGUUACAGAAGAAGAGAGAAAGGUGCUCCGGGAGCAGGAGAAGAACUGGCCUUGUUACGAGUGCAACCGGCGUUUUGUGAGCUCUGAACAACUGCAGCAACAUCUAAACAUGCACGACGACAAGUUAAAUUCUGUUAGCAGAUCCAGAGGCCGGGGCCGAGGACGAGGCAGAAAGCGAUUUGGAACAGGAAGACGGCCUGGACGGCCACCUAAAUUUAUACGUUUGGAUCCACAGGUGGACACCAGUGCGGACAAGACGACAGAAAUGCUGGAACUGACAGAGAAGCCUCUGGAGGAGCGGGUAGAGGGAGCUCAGAAUGGGCUGAAGGUGGUGGAGAUGGAGCCGGAGGUGGAGGCUGGGACCGAGACACAGGGUCAGCUCAUACCUUCUGACGGGGGUCCGGUCCCAGAGUCCGUAACGGCGCCGUCCAACGAAGACCUGCAAGUUCCUCUGAAGGACGACCCGACACAGAGCAGCCAGUCAGACGCUCAUCUCACCACGCAGGACAUGCGUCGUGCCAAGAGAAUCAGGAUGGAUGUGCAGAACGCAGCCCUGCAGCAUCUCUUCAUCAGGAAGAGUUUUCGUCCUUUUAAAUGCACCCACUGUGGCAAGGCCUUCAGGGACAAAGACAAGCUGGAUCAACACCUGCGCGUCCACGGCCGGGACGCCUACGCCUUCUCCUGCCACAUCUGCAGCAAGAGCUUCACGAGCGACUCGUCCCUGGAGGAUCAUCUGCUGGUGCACACAGAGAACCGCUCCUACUCUUGCCUCUUAUGCCCAGAAACCUUUGAAAGGCUGGACCUGCUCAAAGACCACGUGGGGGUGCACGCCGUGAACGGCUGCUUCACGUGUCCGUCCUGCAAGAAGACAUUUACUGACUUCAUCCAGGUAAAGAAGCACAUCCGCUGCUUCCACUCAGAGAAAAUCUUCCAGUGCCCAGACUGUGAAAAGGCCUUCUGCCGCCCAGACAAGCUGCGUUUGCACAUGUUGCGCCACUCUGACCGCAAGGAUUUCCUCUGCUCGACAUGUGGCAAACAAUUCAAGAGGAAAGAUAAGCUGCGGGAGCACAUGCAGCGCAUGCACAAUCCAGACAGAGAGGCCAAGAAGGCCGACCGCAUCCACCGCUCCAAGACCCUCAAGCUGAAGGUUCCCACCACCGACUUCGAGAGCUUCGCGUUCAAAUGCAGAGUGUGCAUGAUGGGAUUCAGACGCAGGGGGAUGCUGGUUAAUCAUUUGUCCAAGCGUCAUCCGGACAUGCGCAUUGAUGAGGUGCCUGAACUAACGCUGCCAAUUAUCAAGCCCAACAGGGAUUACUUCUGCCAGUAUUGUGAAAAGGUGUAUAAGAGUGCCAGUAAGAGGAAAGCUCACAUACUGAAGAACCAUCCUGGGGAAGAAUUGCCUCCCAGCAUUCGUAAGUUGCGUCCAGCCGCCCCCGGCGAGCCCGACCCGAUGCUGAGCACACACACCCAGCUGACUGGCACCAUCGCCACUGCGCCGGUCUGCUGCCCUCACUGCGCCAAACAAUAUAGCAGCAAGACUAAGAUGGUGCAGCACAUCAGAAAGAAGCAUCCAGAGUACGCCCAGACCAUCCAGGCUCCUCUGACCACAGCUGUCAUCAGUAGCGCUCCUGCCGUCAUCAGUGCAGACGGCACCACGGCUGAAGCUGUAGUUACCACAGAUCUGCUGACCCAGGCCAUGACGGAGCUUUCCCAAACAAUGACCACAGACUACAGAACGCAGGGAGACUACCAGAGGAUCCAGUACAUCCCCGUCACUCAGGCAGGAGGCAGCCUGUCCCAGCCACAACACAUCCAACUCCAGGUGGUCCAAGUAGCUCCGGCCUCAUCCCCUCAUUCCCAGCACCCGACAGUAGACGUGAGCCAGCUGCAUGACCCUCAUGGAUACAGUCAGCACUCCAUCCAGGUACAACACAUUCAGGUCACUGAGCCCUCGGGCACCGGACAAGGUGCCAUCCAGGUUUCUGGUCAGCCUCUAAGCCCCACCUCCCAGCAGACCAGUCAGGAGCUGAGUCCUGCCCAGCUCACCCCGGUCACUUUAGCUCAGAGCCACACUCUCCAGACUAGCAGCAGCCAGCAGCAGGGGACUGUGCAGCACGCGUACAUACCUGGAAACUGGAACUACCGAGGCUACUCAUCUGAGAUCCAGAUGAUGGCUCUACCUCAUGCACAGUAUGUGAUAGCUGAGGCUAGCACCCCUGUAUCUGGAGUCAAUAGCAACCAGGUGAAAGCGACACACUACGUUAUCUCCGAGGGUCAGGGUGAGCUGGAGUCGAAACAGGCCGCUCCUCAGAGUACGACCCAACCCCACACUGAACACCUGGAGCAGCAGCCGACCAAUCAGCAAGCCACCACGCAGUACAUCAUCACCACGACCACCAACGGGAGCGGCAACAGCGAAGUUCACAUCACGAAGCCGUGAACUCGACGGUGGCGAUGAAGACGUUUCAGAUCCGGUGCAGACCCACAGACUGAUCCCGCAUGUCGUCCUCAGCAGCUUUUCGUGCACACGAGUGAAAACAUACGCAUCUGGAUGUAGAUUUGUGUACAUACAGAGAUAAAAAAAAAAAAAUGGACCAGCACAGUUUUAUGUGUUUGUUAAGUGUUACUAUGUUGGGAAAGCAGUUGUGCUGCAAGCUGCAUAGAACUCUGUGACAAAAAUAAAAUUAGCUGACAGAGAAAAUGUGACACCUGGUUUUGAAGAGAAUAAAAUAAAUACCCGGA